CAACAGCUGCUGUGGUUUAGCCCAGAAGUGGCUGCAUUUUGGAGGGUGGUUGAAUUGAUUCCUAUAGGGAUAUUGUUUGAGACUCUGUAAAAUGCUGCAAGGGUGGCAAAACUUGCUACAGAAAUCAGUUAGCAAUAUGAUGAAAAGACACUGCACCAGGGACAUACAGUAAAACACCACAGACCUGAUUCUUCUCUCAUCUCUGUUUUUAUACAGUGUGAACCACUGACGUACCUGGAGUUACUCCAAAUUUACACAGUGGGAGUGGAGUGUCCAGCCCCUUCCAUCCAACACUCCCCCUGGUCUGUUUGAUUAAUUCUCCAGGGUCUCUCAAACUCCCAAAUGAUUUGGAUGUUCCUCAGAAUGUCAGCUAAAUGGGGAUUUCUACACCAGUGCCUCAGCCUGGUGUGAGGGGGUGCUGUGCUGCUGGAGGUGAGACAUAACAGCAAGGUCCUAACUGCUUGUGGUCAUUAUAAAUCGCCUGGCACUUUCCAUGAGCGUAGGAGUGCUCACCCUGGUCUCCUUGUCUCAUUCAAGCUUGGGUAAUUACAUUCCACUAACCUAAAUUCUCCCUAGAGCCCCAGUAGGAUUUGGUAGUCUUCUACACUUCUUGUGCCAAACUGCUGCAUAAUUUAGUGCUGGGCUCCACCCCAGAAGUGGCUGCAUUUCAUCAGUGAGUGAAGUCUGUCCAUAUGUGCAGCAUCUGUCUGUGAAACUAAACGGCAAACACUGUUUGCUCUGCAGGGGCCCUUGGAGCUGUUCCACAUGCAGCGUUGUGCAUGUGUUUUUAAGAAGAAGUGGCGGGCCGGUGGGGUUUCUCUGGAGCCAUGGCAUGUGCUGACCAAGGGGGCUGUGCCUGUGUUUGCACGACUGCGCUCAGUGCUUUUUUCCAAGAAACAAACAUCCCCUACAGCCAUCACCAUCAGAUGAUGUGCACUCCAGCCAACACGCCCGCCACGCCCCCCAACUUCCCCGACGCCCUCACCAUGUUCUCCCGCCUCAAGGCCUCCGAGAGCUUCCACAGCAGCAGCCCUGUAGCAUCUAUGGCAACCUCCCCUCCUCCCCCACCCCCACCGCUCCCCCAGCCCGGGGGCUUCAACCCAGCCUGGCCUGCAGCUCUCCCCUCCAGCCAGCAGCAGCAGAGCAUGUGGACUUCACCCCCGCCCUCGCAGCCAUCGGGCUGGCCCGCCACAGUCUCCCAACAAGCCACGUCAGAACAGAAGGCCAAUGUGACCAUGGAGGCCGAGAGAUGAGGCCGGGGGGGAGCGGGAACACAAUGUGGGGAGGGCCCACAUGGCCCCAGCGUUCAUUUCCCUUUCCCCUUUCCGAGGAGGGGAGGAACUUUGUUGCCUCAGAGACUGGCAACCACAUUCAGACAGACAGACACAUGAGCAAAUAGCCACCUUGCAUGG